AUGACGCCUUCGAUUGCUCCAGAUGAGAGGGUUGGUUCAUCUCUCGCUCCGACAGAGACCAAUAAAUCGAAAACAGAUGGAUCCAAAGCCAGCAAGAUGAUUGAGACAUUCACCACGUCGAGGCCGCCCGUAGGAAUGUUUCACGCGUUUGGUUCGGUUGGAUCAGGUAUCCCAUCACUCAAUGACAUCCAGAAAGGAAACUUCGAAUCCGAUGGAUGGUCUGGGCCAGGUCAGAGGAGGAAUAGCAAUGCCCACCGUGAUUCAGAUCAUCAUGUCCUGCGAUUCCAUCGCCAUAAAACAAUAAAAAAUUUGCCACCAAUUACGGAACCGGAAAAGAAGACCACGACUCUCGAAGAGAAGAAAAAUACAGACACGAUUGGUGUCGAGAGCCUGUUGACUCCGACAAAUGGAGAGGCUCCAGUUUUCACUCCUCAUGAUCCUUCUGUGCCAUACGAGAAUGGCUAUCAAUUUCCUCCCAAGCACACCAAGAUGCAAGCCAUCAGAAUCGCUGCCAUUGGUUUCUGGAAAUUCGUCACAACUCCAUUCGGGUUUCUCCUCACCAUCUACGCCCUCAACAUCGUCGCAUGGGGUGGAAUGCUCUUCUUGAUCCUCAUCCGAGCUACGCCAGCCAUGUCACACCCAAGUUGGAACUCCUGGGGCAGUGGUGCGAAGAAGUGGCUCGAGAUCGAUUCCCAGAUCCUCAACGCACUCUUCAACGUCACUGGCCUUGGACUCAUUCCUUGGAGAUUCAGAGAUUUCUACUACUUGCUUCAAUGGCGAUACCGCAAGAAUAACGAUGCGUUGAGGAAGCUAGCUGGUAUUCAUCGUGGCUGGUUCAGACUUCAAGGUUCUCAAGACCUCCCUAUUCACUGGGAUCCCAAAACCAACGAGCUACCAGAAGGUAUAUCAGAGUCUGCUCUCUGCUUACCCAUCAGUCUCUCUCCAGAUCCACCUCUCACUGGCGAACGUGCACCACCAACAGCCAAAUAUUGGAAACUCGACUUCGUGAUCUGGGCUUUUGUUUGGAACACCUUACUGCAGAUCGUUCUAAAUGGCCUUAUGUGGGGUCUCAAUAAGUACGAUCGUCCAUCUUGGAGUGUGGGGCUGUUCAUCUCCCUUGCCUGUAUCGUUGCCAGUGCUGGUGGAUGGGUUAUUUUCAAAGAAGGCAAGAAAGUCAAGCGUGUAGAAGGUGUGCCUGUCAGUGAAGAAGAUCAGAAGAUCUUGGCGGAGAUGAGGGAGAAGGACAGAGGGACUGGCUCUGUAUGA